AUGCAAUACAAACCGUCACUUCAGGGUACAGUAAAGGUAUUGAAACUUCAAUCAUACUCACCAGCUUCUAACAAGCUCAACAGAUGGCAUUUUCAACAAGUUCUUAGGAAGAAGAUCAAUCUCCCUGAUGAUGUGUGCAAGCCGCACAGAAAAAGCGUCCAUUUUUCUUAUAAGGAACCAAAGAAACAGAGAAAGAAACUUGUGACUUGGAGUGUUGAGGAGGUUUGCAGCUGGCUAAUGUCACUGGACCUUGAAUUGUACUGUGAAUCAUUCCGUGAAAAUGCCAUUGAUGGUGUGGAACUGUCCAACAUGACUGGCGAAGUACUAGCAUCAGACCUUGGGAUAGGUCCAGCUGGUCACCGCAAUAAGAUCUUGCGAACAAUAAAAGAUAUCAAGAAAGAGGAGCUAGAGGAGGACAUUCCAGAUGAAUUCCUGUGUCCUAUAACACGAGACAUCAUGUCUGACCCAGUCAUUGCAGCAGAUGGUUACACAUACGAACGUGCCUCCAUAGACGAGUGGCUGACAUCUGGACGUUCAACAAGUCCAAUGACAAAUGCUCCUCUGAAGAAUACCACUCUGACUCCAAACAGAAUGCUGAAUAUGCUUAUACAAAGACACUUCAGUGGACAAAAUAUGAACGUUUAGGACACUCGUGCUUAUUAAACAUCCAUUGGUGUGAUUUACAAAUUAUACUCGUGACGUAUCUUUCGCAUUUGAGCGAAUCGUAUAUGAGGAUCCUCAUAUUUUAUCGUAUUAUUUAAUAAUAGCAUCACACAUUUUUUUUUUACUGUUGCAAUUCAGUUUGUCACAUUGAAAUUUUAGAAAUUAGCUCGAUGGCGUUGGUCGGUGAGGGAUGUUUACCGGUCGUAAGGUAAAUAUCUUGCUUAUCCAGUGAUCGACAGUCAGUUUUUGAACAGACACACGGCAACAUGGGAUCUGUUUGUUUUAUAUGAUAAAGAAACAAACAAGCCAAAAAUGUUAAUGACGUCAUCCAUGCGUCUGUCCUCCAAUUGAUCAUAAGUAAGAACCACUCAAAAGGUGAGAAUAAUGUGACACAUUACAUAUUGUAAUAUUGCUUUUAGGUUAGGUGUAGUACUUUGAAUCUCUUUGUCCCCAGACUCUUUGCUUUGUGGAGUUAGUGGUUCGUUGUUGCAACGAAUGUUGUGUUCUGUUUCCUUCCUCUGACAACAAAUGACGUGUUCAGUAACUGAGCAGUUGGGAAAGCCUAACAAAAUAGGAGGAGGUAACCUGCGAUGGACUAGCAUCUCAUCCGAAGGGCGGGGGAUGUUAGCAAUACUGCUGGUUACCUCAAUAAACAAUAUUCAUAUUCUCAGUGUUGGACUGGAACUAGCUUGCUGGCUGAUGCCGGGGAGUAUCAUUAAAAAGAGAGAAAUGUUAUUUACAUUUGAAAAGACUCCCCGCAUUAACGUCAGUUGCAAGCUAGUUCCAGUCCAAUACCGAGAAUGCGAAUAUGGUCUGUUCAUGCUAUAGAUACUAGGGCAAGUACCAGCACCAAUGAGCCAUCUCAGAGGUUCAUCGGAUCCUUAACUUAACCUUCCUUAUUGCAACACUGUUAGUUUCGCUGAACAGAUAAUGUACGAGGAACAUGUUACAUGUCCUUGUUAAUAUUUAACAAAACUAAAACAGCGUUUCAUCAAGAAGAAACGACAACUUUUACAAAAACAAUAUGUGAAUAUAUGGUAUGCAUUGAAAUGGCUAACGCUGUUGCAAGUAUUUUUUUCGUCUAAAAUUGUAAGAACAUUUAAUAUGAAGCUAUUAUUUGUAAUCGUUUUUAAAGUAUAGUCGAUAUUUUAACCCUUUUGGGCAGUGGAGUCUGAUUUGUUGACAUUCAACCUGCAAGGUUGAGGAACAGUCUCCCCCGCGAAAAAGAAAUUAGAAGUCGGGAUGCCAGUUAGCCUCCAGCACUGACAUUCAUUUGGCGUUGUUCCGUUUCCAUUUACAAUUCAACCGAAAUUUCUAUAAAUGUGUUGUAAAUGGAAAAUUCUCACCAGCCGUCAUUUGGUCGUCAUGGGACGUUUCUACCAGAGGAGAGUAAAGUUGCGUGACAACUGCGUGACUACGCGGAUAAAGACUAUUUCCAUUGAAACAACGUAAACAGCUUUGGAACUUGAACUUAAACUGUGUUGUACUGUAAAUGUAAUAUUUCACUUCUCUAUUUCAAACCAUUGACACGGAAAUAAAAUCAGUUUUGCCCAUUGUA